AUGAACUGGAACGAGGCACAGGAUCAUUGCGCUGUACUCGGAGGACAACUUGCUACGAUUAAAUCUCUUCAUGAACAAAUGUUUGUGUACGAACUCCUUAAUCAGGCUGACAUUGGAGAUAUACGUGUAUGGAUUGGAGCAUCAGAUAUCAUGGCAGAGAAUACAUUUGUCUGGAUAGAUGGAACUACUUUUUCUGAAACAUUUACCUACUGGAGCCCAGGCCAGCCAAAUAACUAUAAUAAUCAAGACUGUGUCGAUUUAUUUAAAGUGAAUGGAAAAUGGGAAUGGAAUGACGAGACGUGCACAUACGAAAUCUUCAGCUUAUGUGAAUUUAUUUGA